GCCAGGGGCGGCCCCGCGGGGCCCCGCCAGCAGCGGGAUCCGGUCACUGCGGGGCCGAGCUCUGGGGCCGAGCUGUGGGGCCGGGUGCUGCCAGGAGACGUGGGAUGGAGGAGGGCAAGGCCGGGCAGAGCCCCCGUUCCCCACAGCGCCUUCCAGGUGAGCAGCUGGACAAGGACGAGGACAGGGACGAGGAGGAGGAGGAGGAUGAAGAUGAGGACGUGACUGCGGCAGGGGACAAGGAGCACAUCACCGCACUGCUGGCAGAUGUGGCCCGGCUGCACCGACGCACUGAGCGGCUGCAGCGCUGCCCCAGCAGGUACCGGCACCGGCAGCUGCAGGAGUGGCACCGCACGGACCCCCACAGCACUCAGCCUCUGCUCCACAGGGAGGAGGAGGAGCACUCGGGGGUCACCAGCAGCCCCUGCACGGAUGGGCAGCAGCCUCGGGGGCUCGAUGGCGCCGGCACGGAAGCCCACCGCCCCGACCUCUUUGCCGACCUGCAGCACGCCGUCAGCUCGCUGGAACGCGCCGUCAUCUCCCGGCAUCGGUGCACGGCGGCACCGCCGGCAGAGUGGGCGCAGAGCCUGGAGGAGCUGCAGCGCGUGGCGGGGGCACGCCAGGGCCCGGAGCGGGGUGAGGAGCUGCUGGAGGCGGCGGCGAGGAACGCGGCGCUGCAGGCGGCACUGGGGCACCGCGACGAGGAGCUGAGCCACAGCACGGCCGCACUGCAGGCGUUGCAGGGGGAGCGCGAGCGGCUGCAGGGGAAGGUGUGGGAGCUGCAGGAGGCUCUGGACAGGCUGGAGGGGACGGGUGGCGCCGGGGGUGACACCACGGGGCUCAGCAGCGCCCCAGGGCCAGGGGACCCCCAGGACCUGCCUGGCUGCCUCCCGAGCUGCGAUGAUGCUCGGCCCCACAGCACCCAGCCCCAUGGCCCCCUCUCCCCCCCGGCCUUGGCGAGUGCCAGCCAGGAGCUGGAGGAGAGGAUGCAACAGCUGCAGAGGCACAUGGAGAGGCUGAAGGAGGUGAACCAGCAGCUGUCGGCCGCCCUGCACGACUGCAAGAGCGAUUCGGAGCGGCUCAGCAUGGUGCUGGGGCAGCACGAGUCCCGCAGCAGCGCGCUGCGCCUGGCACUGCACUGCAGUGAGCGCUGCGUGGAUGCCUACGCUGCGCUGCUGGAACGGACGUGGGCAAAACUGGGCAGGGACGGGCACGGCCCCGGUGCUGGAGCUACAGGGGAACAGAGCGCACAGCACGGCUGUGGGUCCAGCCCCACACAGGGGCUGCAGCUCCCGGGCCAAGCAGAGCCAGACGGGCAGGAGGAGAGCGGGGUCAGGUCCUGCCCCGGGCUGUACAGCACCCACGGGUCGGAGGAGGGGGCCCUGCGCGAGGCCAUCCGCCAGCUGCGUGCGGAGCAGGCGGCCGUGCAGGUGUCCCUGCGCCACGUCCCCACGUCCACCCGUGCCCCGUCCCACGGUGGCGAGGAUGCCCGCGCCCGUGCUGAGCGCGUUCUGCGGGAUGCUCGUGCCCUCCUACCCGGCUGGAGGCGGCCGGAGAGAGCGGAGCUGCUGCGGGAGGUGGCGGAGCUGAAGGAGGCCAUGGCCGAGCUGAGGACGCGGCUGCAGCUGGCGGAGAGGGAGAAGCGGGGCCUGGAGCUGUUGGCGGCUGCGCAGGGCCCGCGGGAGGCAGCGCUGCGCCUGGUGCUGCAGCACAUGGAGCGCGAGCGGGGGGCUCGCAGCCCCCCCAGCAGCUCCAGCAGCAGCGAGGAGGAUGCCCCAAACCCCCCGAUGGGAGCAGCAGCACCGCAGCGCCCUGCGGACCCGGAGAGGACGGCGCAGGAGCUGUGCUGCGCGGUGACACGCAUCGAGCGGCUGCACGCCCGAGCACAGGCCCUGGUGCUGUCCCUGGAGCAGAGCAGCGCCGUCAGCCGCGCACAGCAGGAGCAGUGCGUCACCGUCACCGGGCAGUUCUUCCACGCUCACAGCGCUCUGGCCCUGGCGUACCGCGAUGCCCGGCGCAAGCAGGCGGCACAGCUGCAGCACCUGGAGGCGCAGGCGGGGGCCAUGCAGCAGCAGCAGGCGCAGCGCGUGCAGGCACUGGCACGACGGCUGCAGGCCCUGGAGCAGCGCGCGGCCGGCGGCGAGACCUGCAUUUAGGGACACAGGCUGCGCCCGCGGGGACAAUAAAGUGCUGAUGCUCGUG